CACCGCUGGGGCCGCGGGGCCCGGCCGCCCCGCAUCCACGCGCCGCUGUCGUCUUUGGCCCAGCGCGUGCACCUGGACAUCCAGGUGGGGGAGCACACGAACAACUACCCCGAGAUCGCCGCCAAGGACAAGCUGACGGAGCUGCAGCUGCGAGCCAGGCAGCUCCUGGACCAGGUGGAGCAGAUCCAGAAGGAGCAGAACUACCAGCGGUUCCGAGAGGAGAGGUUCCGUAUGACCAGCGAGAGCACGAAUCAGCGGGUGCUGUGGUGGUCCAUUGCGCAGACUGUCAUCCUCAUUCUUACAGGCAUUUGGCAAAUGAGGCACCUCAAGAGUUUCUUUGAAGCCAAAAAACUGGUUUGAUUUCUUCAACAUCACAGAUGUCGUUAUAAACAUCAUUACUUUCCACUGAGCACAUCUUGAUUUUUCUGGAUUUAAGUACUAAACUAAGAAGCACAGCAGACAACACCCUUGCCCAACGACAUAGGCCCUUAUCCAUGAAAGCAUCUCAAACGUUCCGUAUCUUUGUGCUUUGAAGUAGGUGAGGCUAGUGGUGAGUGAGGAUGGCCUGCCUCCUCAGUUGUCAAGCUUUCCCGGAACAUUCCAAGAAGCUGCUGCUUUACAAAAGACCGGGAAGGUCCCCCUCCAUUGCUUUUGUGAUUGUUGCCAUUUGCUUAAAAGCUAAUGGCCCAUAUGACUAGAACUCUUCAAUAGAAUAUCGUCAAAGGGAAAAUUAGAUUUACAUCAGAACUGUGUUGAAUACCUUCCCUCUUCAAAUACUAUUGGUCUAAAUACUGUUUAGUUUCAGUGGUUGUCAGGCAGCCAAGGGAUGGAAUGAUUUCGUGCAGCAUCUUCCCUUCAGUCCCUUAUUGUAGUUCUCAGUUUUCUAAGCAGAAAAUUUGUCUUGGCUGGAGAGUCACUGUAAAUGAGGGAGUAAUAGAAGUUGCCUCCAGGUUUAUUGUAAAGGUUGAAUAAAGGAGCCCCUUAUUUGCAGACAUCCUUUUUGCCAGCCUUCCUGUGAUUUGGAAAUAGAACUGUAAAUAAUCCAGCUACAGGACAACACUACUGCAGUUUGGCCGCAGAGUUGGACCUUCGAAGCAGUGGGACCUGGAAAUGGGCACUUUUUCCUUCUCUGUUUGCUUGGGCAAGUUUGUCAUGAGGCCCAUUUGUUACAGUUUUGGAGUGAAAUAAAGUUUUUCUGCAAGAGGC